AUGACUGCAACAAAACACAACUUAUUUGUUCUAUAUCCAAUCCUGAUCAUAUCACAUGCGUUCUACAGCGUCACAGAAGCAGGUGGAAGUGGAUGUCCGAUGUUGGGAAAAUAUUUUGGUAAAUUUUGUUACUUCGCGAAUAGUAAACGUUUCAGUUGGACUUAUGCGAAUAUACAAUGUACCAAAAUGGGUGGCCAGCUUGCCAGGGUGACCAGUGGUGCUCUUAACACAUUUCUUGCGCAAACAUUCAGAGUUGAAAGGGCUUGGAUUGGAUUAACAAAGUGCCGAGGGAAAUGGUGUUACCCCGAUAGAAAAACAUCAUUUUAUUACAAUUGGGAUACGAAUCAGCCAGAUAAUAAAAGAAGAUAUGAAUAUUGUGUAGAAAUGUUCCAGAACACACGAUUCAGUGACGAACGAUGUGCAUCCCCCAGGGCAUCUAUCUGCGAAAUACCAGUAGACGACGUUGAUGAAUGUUUGUUGGGAACACACAGGUGUCAUUCCCAAGCCACGUGCAACAAUACCAUUGGAUCAUACACAUGUACUUGUAACGAAGGAUUUAUAGGAAAUGGCAACGUUUGCAAUGACAAGGAUGAAUGCGCUUUGGAAACUCACAGAUGUCAUUAUCAAGCGCUGUGCAACAAUGCGAUUGGAUCAUAUAGCUGUACUUGUAAAGAAGGGUUUACAGGGAGCGGAAACAUUUGUAAAGACAAUGAUGAAUGUCGUUUGGAAACACAGAGCUGUCAUUCUCAAGCCUCUUGCACCAAUACUAUUGGAUCAUUCACCUGUACUUGUAAUGAAGGAUUUUCAGGAAAUGGUAACGUUUGCAAAGACAAAGAUGAGUGUUCGCUGAAAAAUCACAAAUGUCAUUUUAAAGCCUCGUGCAACAAUGCCAUUGGAUCAUACACCUGUACUUGUAAUGACGGAUUUACAGGAAAUGGGACCGUCUGCAAAGACAUUGAUGAAUGUACUUUGAAAACGAAAAAGUGUCAUCCUCAAGCCUCAUGCAACAAUUCCAUUGGAUCAUACACCUGCUCUUGUAACAAAGGAUUUAUUGGAAAUGGGACCAUUUGCAAAGACGAGAAUGAAUGUGCCUUGGAAACUCACAGAUGUGAUUCUCACGCGACGUGCAGCAAUACUUUUGGAACAUACACAUGUACGUGUAAUCGAGGAUUUAACGGAAAUGGGACCGUUUGCGAAGGUAUUGUUGCGUUAGCAUACGAACUUUAUUAA